AUGCGAAUGGCGGAAGAAUGGCUCAAGACGUUGAUCUGCUUGAGCUUUCUCCUCGCCUCGUCGGUCGUCGUCCGCGUGUUGGCGGCGCGCCCUCGCUUCGACGUGUCCACGGACAUGGGCAUGGUCCUGGUGCCGGCCGACGCCGAGGUCGACUCCGUCGUCUUUCGUCUGCGCGCCACCGAUCAAGACGCCGAUUUUCCCCUCGUCUUCGAGAUCAUCGCCACGACCUCGCCCAUCGUGAAGAUCGACAAUCUGCCCUGCACCCUGUACAACAAAGUGUGCCAGGCGAACGUGAUCCUGACGCGGCGAUUGGUGCCGGGCAGGCUGCACGACUUCGUGGUGCGCGUGCGGGACUCGAAGGGCGACGUGAACUCGAUGCAGGCGACGAUCAGCGUCACCAAUUCGACGACGCCGCGCGAUAGGAUCUUUCCACACAUUCCCUCGCUUAUCAUGGUGCCCGAGGACACGAAACCCGAAAAGGAGCUGGAUUAUCUCCUCGUUGAGUCGAAUCCAUGGAGUGGAAAACCAGUGUAUAUAGAGCUUUGGGAAUUAUUUAAAAUAAGACAGAGACAGAUGGGCAGUCAAACGAAGGGCAUAAUCACGCUCAUCGGCGAGCUGGACUUUGAGACUCAGUCGAUGUACACCCUCACGAUGUACGCGACGGACCCUUACACGAUACCCGGCAAGGACACGCGAAACAUAGCCGGCUGUCACGUCGUCGUUAUAGUGCAGGAUGUGCAGGAUGUCCCGCCGGUAUUUACCUUGGCGCCGCCGCUGACGAAAAUCAAUAAUACCGUGCAGCCCGGCGACAUCAUCUUGCGAGUUCACGCCGAGGACGGCGACAAAGGAGUGCCGCGCGAGGUCACCUACGGACUCGUCUCGGAGGGCAACCCGUUCACGACAUUUUUCAACGUCUCGGAAACUACCGGUGAAAUAACAUUGGCCAAGCCAUUGGAAGAAUUAACAAAGAUUACUCACGUGGGAGCUCCGAUCAUUCUGAAGAUCGUCGCCGAGGAGAUACGAACGAUGAGGGACGAGCCACCGGCUCAGGCGACCAUCGUUGAGCUCGGUCUCUUGCUCGGAGAACCUGGAAAUAAUCCACCUUACUUUGAGAACGAAAAUUACGUGGCGUGGCUGGAUGAAAACGCCGAGCCCGGCACGAUAAUCCAGUUCACGGACGUGUACUCGACCCGAGUGAAGGACGAGGACAUCGGCAAGGCCGGGGUUUUCGCGCUGAAAUUGAAGAACAACAACGGCACGUUCGAAGUCAGCCCCUCGGUGGCCGAGAGAUCGGCCAGCUUCGUGAUCACGGUGCGAGACAGCACGCUGAUCGAUUACGAAAAAUUCAAAAGUCUUCGCUGCACGUUGGUAGCGCAGGAGGUCGGACCGGCGACAGAUUUAUCGGCCUCGGUGCCGGUGACGAUAUUUCUGCGCGACGUCAACGAUAAUCCGCCGAUUUUCGAUGUGUCGCUUUACACGGUGACGCUGCCCGAAAAUCCCGUUCCUGGCACAAAAGUUAUACAGGUUCACGCGACCGAUCGAGAUUCCGGUGCGUACGGACGAAUUCAGUACGUGAGGAUCGUCGGCGACGGAGGCGCAGCUUUCGAGAUCAAUCCCGAUAGCGGCGUCGUGUCCGUGACGAUGGGCUCCAUCAUCGAUCGCGAGCGCACGCCCAGACUCGAAUUGAUGAUCGAGGCGAGAGACGAGGACGGCCGGGGUCUUCGCGGCGUGGCCACCUUGAUCGUCAAUAUCUUGGACGUCAACGACAACGCGCCAAUUUUCGAGAGAGCCGUCUACGAUUUCGCGCUGAACGGAGAUUUAUCAAAUUUUACCGCUCCAGCGUUUAUCAAGGCCGUAGACGCCGACGCCGAGCCACCUAACAAUGUCGUGCGAUACGAAAUAGUCAACGGUAACUAUGACAAUAAAUUUCAACUCGAUGAGGAGACUGGUGAACUUACGCUGCGAGUAGUCAUCAACAACAAAGCGAGAAAGGCCCGGAGGGCUUCCCGCACGAGACGAGCCGAGGACACCGUUUUGUUCUUACUGACUGCUCGAGCUUACGAUUUAGGUGUACCGCAUCUCUCGAGUACCGUUCAGAUCCGGAUUAUGCAUCCGACGACUGCCUUCGCUCGCAUCGUCAUGUUCGUUAUGCCCGGCGAAAAUCCCGAUCCCAAAAAGACCGCCGAAACAUUGGCCACCAUUACCGGCAGCAGAGUCACCAUUCAAGAGAUCAAACCGUACGCAGCGCAAAUCAAUCCCAGUACCCAAGAUUCGAGCAAACGAAGCGUAGUAGUAGCAAAAGUCGAGCAAAACGGCCCGGGUACACUGGUGGACGUGAAUAAAAUCAGAGAAUCGCUGGCCGCUAAUGGAUUCGGCGUAAUUAGCGGCAUGGAACCCGUGGACGAAGGGUCGGGAAAUUCUCAAGGCGCUGGCGAAACGAGCGGCGCGAGAAACGGGAAAAACAUUUCCAUCACUCAAUCGAGCUUAUACGUAUUAAUUAAAAACCAAAUUACUGCUAAUCUGUAGACCGUCUAUAAGGCUGAAAAUAAACUUCUGACUUGGCUCCUCGUGCUUUUGGGUCUCUUAAUACUCGCGGCGCUGAUCACGCUCAUCACUUGUUGUGUCUGCUCGAGCUGUCCGUUUUACAUGGAGCCGCGUAAACGACGAGUUCACUCAGCCGAGACCAUUGUUAUGCGCACGAAUGGCCGGCCGAAGCGUCAUUUGCAUCGCAAACCUUUGAAAAUGAUCGACGUCGGAUACUGCACUCAGCGAAAAGAGGCCUGGAGCGCAGAUCCCGAGCGCCAGCAGUGGCAGUUCAAUCGUCGAAACACGAAAAAUCUCGGCAUCGCCUCGUUGCCCGGCGAUGCGUUCGUCGCGCCGCCGGGACAUCGACAUCCCGACUACGAUCGGAUGCAGGCAGCUCGACCUCCCCAGCACAGCGGCCUCCAACAACAACAGCAGCAGCAACAGCAGCAACAACAACAGCCGCAAUACACUAUCGUGCCAUUGGUUCCUUACGGCGAUCAAGUGACGGCGGCUCGCGAAGGAGUUUACACCGAUGACGCGGAGCUCGACUCGCUGAGGAGGCACGAGAAAGCACGAGGCAGCAACGAGGCGGCGCCUGAUACAGGCGAAGUCGGUGGAUCCAACAGAGAGCAGCAUUUUUACAGAGAUGGAAACGCCGAAGUGUUGAGAUUAGUUACCAGAGGUCAGAUCGAGGAGCAUCCGGACUUUUAUCACGACGACGACGGCAAGGACAUUCUGAUGCAGCGCUUCAUCGAGGAUCAAAAAGCGCGUCGCGCUCAACAAGAGGCCUCGCAGCAGCGCGACAGUUAUCAAGGAAGCAUUCACGACGGAGAACUCGAUCACAGUGUCGUCAUCGCGUCGCAGCACAAGAGGGCGGCAAACGAGCCGGCAGAAAUUAUAAUUAUACCCGAGAGAUUAGAGAUGCAGCGCCAGCCUAAUCAGAAGCAACGACUCGAGCGCGUGAAAUUAAUCAACGAACCGAGCUACGCAUCAAAAGACGUCGAAAGCGACGAAUACACCGGCAGAGAUAUCCUCGCAGCCAACAACAAGCCGCUGAAAGACGCGGAAAUUGCAGCAGCGGAAACAUCCAAGAGCGCCUACCGGGCGCACGACGCCGAGUUGGUUAGACAGAAUGCGCUGCUAACGAGACUUUUAUUAGAGCGCGAGGGCAAAGGAGUCUUGCACGCUGCCGCUCUGCCCGACUAUUCGAGCUUCCUCGAAACACAAAGCCUCCCUGCUAAAAUCGCGACUGAAAUAUUGUAA